CCAUGCUCUGCAGGUUGUCUCUCUCCUGUACAAACCACACCCUCACCUGUUUAGCGUGUCUGCUCUGCACCCACUGUCCUGAAAUGGCAUUUCCCUAUUAUUUUUUGGGCACAUUCUGUUACACCAAUCUUAGGAAAUGAGCUUCAUCCGUGGAAAAUGGUAAGGAAGAAACCCUGAAGCCUUUCCCUCCGUUAUCUGUGACUGAGGCGAACAGAGAGGAAGACAACAAUGAGAGACCCAGGAGGAGAAGGAGGAGGCAGCGGAGACAAAAUCAGUAAAUCUGAGAAGGACCAAAGCUGGAUCCCAAAAAUCAUCAAGAAGAGAUUAUGCACCACCUUUGUAGAGGAUUCUUUCAGCAAUGGUGCUCUGUGUCAGUGUGGUGGUGCGAGAGACACUCAUGCCUCCGUGGCUUUGGGUGACUUCUUCAGCUCAGCCAUUGUCAACCACUGGGACACCGCCCAGCACUCCUCUGAAUACCCGACUGAUGCCUUUGGAGAGUUGCAGUUUGCAGGAGCCAGCAAGAGGCACAGCUAUUUCCUGCGUCUGUCAUGGGACACGCCCCCAUCGAUGGUGUACACCCUGAUGACAGCUCACUGGGGUCUUCCUUCCCCAAACUUGGUGGUUUCUGUGGUGGGUGGAGAAGGCAGGACAAAGGUGAAGACGUGGGUGCGGGAGGUGCUCAGGCAGGGGCUGGUGAAAGCCUCACAAAGCACAGGAGCGUGGAUCCUGACAGCCGGCCUGCGCGAAGGUGUUGGCAGGUGUGUAGGAGAGGCGGUGAGGGAUCAUGCCACCGCAGCCUCAUCCGUCUCCCUCAACAAGGUGGUGGCGCUGGGCAUUGCUCCCUGGGGCCUGGUGCACAACCGACAGCAGCUGGUCAACGCUCAGGGAAGCUUUCCUGCUAAAUACUACGUCCAAAACACAACCCGGGAUUCCUGUUGCCUCGACAACAACUACCAGGCCUUCCUGCUUGUAGACGAUGGGAGUGUGGGGCGCAGAGGAGGAGAGACGGGGUUGAGGGCCAAACUGGAGGACUACAUUUCCCACCAGCGCACAGGCAUCUGGGGCAGUGGCAGCAUUGACAUCCCUGUCCUCUGUAUGCUGGUGUCAGGAGACAUAAGCAUGCUGGAGAGAGUGGAUCUGUCUCUGAAGACCUCUAUGCCCUGGCUGGUGCUGGCUGGCUCAGGAGGCCUGGCCGACUUCUUGAGCGACGUCUUGGAAAAUCUGUCGUCGGCCCCCGUGGUGCAGUCGUCAGGCGAGGGAGAGGGCGAAGCAGGACCCAGCGUGGAUCUGAAGGACAGAGUGGCCGAACGAGUUAAGAAGCACUUCCCUGCUGAAACGGAGCCGGACAAACAAGUUGAACGAGUUCUGAGCAUCUACCAAAACAGAGACUUCAUCACAAUCUAUCACGGAGAGCAGGAGGGUCCAAAUGAGUUUGAUACAGUCCUGCUUAAAGCCUUGGUGGGAGCAAGCAAGCAUCGUGCGUCAGUGGAUGCCAGCCCUUACAAUGAAGAGCUGAAGCUAGCGGUCACAUGGAACAGGGUUGACAUCGCUAAGAGCGAACUCUUCAACGGAGACAUCCAGUGGAGGUAUGAAGAUUUGGAGGACUCUAUGACGGACGCUCUGAUCAACGACAAGCCUCAAUUUGUGCGUCUCUUCACCGAGAACGGCCUCAACAUCCUGGACUACCUGACGUACGGCAGGCUGGAGAGCCUCUACCGCUCUGUGGCUGACGGCACAGUGCUUUAUCAACUGCUUCAGCGCCGCCUGGUGGAGCGACUGGGAACUACAGCAAGCUCAUCAAACCCGCCGGAGUCUCCAUCCAAAGUGGCAGCAGAGAACGUACAGAGCGGACCUGGGACUGAGAUUAGCCUGUUUGAGGUUUCAGGGGUCCUGGAGCUGUUAAUGGGGGAUGUCUGCCAGCCAUUUUACUACACUGCUAUUGGCUUAGAACAGAUCUCAUCCAAGAGAAGAGCUCUCAGGAGGGCCAGUAAGCUGCUGCGUGAAAACAGUCCCUAUAGAAUGAAUCGCUGCCUCUAUCCCUGGGCUUCUCUCUUCAUCUGGGCCGUGCUGCAGAACCGCAGCGAGAUGGCCACCUUCUUCUGGGAGAUGGCAGGCGAGUCAGUGCUGAGUGCUCUGAGCGGCUGUAAGAUACUGAGGGAACUGUCCAAGCUGGAGGUCGAGACUGAGACCAAACUGUCCAUGAAGGAGCUUGCUCAGAGGUUUGAGAACCUGGCACACGACGUCUUCAGCUCGUGCUAUCGCAGCAACGAGAGUCGCUCUUUCACUCUGCUGAUCAGGAAAUCUCCUGUUUGGGGUGGCACCACCUGCCUCCAGAUGGGCAUGGGUGCUGACGCACGGCUAUUCUUUAGCCAUGACGGAGUACAGUCUCUGUUGUCACAGAUCUGGUGGGGCGACAUGAAGAGGAACACAGAAGUGUGGAAGCUCCUGCUUGCCUUUUUCGUCCCCGUUCUCUGUUACACCAACCUCAUCUCCUUCAGGGAAGAGGAAGAGCAUCAACAAGAGGAGCAGGGGAAGCCCAAUGAGGACGGUCAGGGCAGGGACAGUGACAGCCUCUACGGCACGACAAUCUUCUCUUUCUCAGAUAUUAAGCAUAUUGAAGCUGAUGCUCAAGGGUUCCAGUCUCCCAGGUCGGCAACCAUCAAAGGCAUACCUCAUUCUCACAAAAGACCGAAGCGUCCGUUCAUCGUGUCAAGAUGGCGCCAGUUCUGGUUCGCACCCGUAACCUCAUUUUUGGGUAACGUCCUGAUGUACUUCCUCUUCUUGCUGCUGUUUGCAUAUGUGCUUUUGGUGGAUUUCGAGCCUCCGCCGCCUGCAGGCCCGUCCUAUACUGAGUAUGUGCUGUACUUCUGGGUGUUCACCAUCGUGUGUGAGGAGAUCAGGGAGACGUUCUUUUUGGGUACGAAGACUUGGCGUCAGAGGAUCAGAGUGUACAUUCAGGACGUGUGGAACAAGUGUGACCUCAUUGCUGUCACGCUGUUCGUCAUUGGGUUAAUCUGCAGGAUGUUUAAGUGGUCGUAUGGAUUCGGCAGAGACGUCCUGUGUGUUGACUACAUGGUGUUUACCAUCCGUCUCAUUCACAUCUUUGCCAUUCACAAACAGCUGGGACCAAAAAUCAUCAUCGUCGGCAAGAUGAUGAAGGAUAUCUUCUUCUUCCUUUUCUUCCUGGGGGUGUGGCUCAUGGCAUAUGGAGUAGCCAAUCAGGCUUUGCUAUACUCCUAUGACCCUCGAUUUGAUCGCAUCCUCAGGCGGGUUUUCUACCGGCCAUAUUUGCACAUCUUUGGACAGAUUCCUGUAGAAGAGAUGGAUGUUGGGAAGCAGUGGGACAUGCCAUGCACGGACAACGUGACACUGAUUCAGAACGGUGAUGAACCAUGCAGAACUAUGUACAGUAACUGGCUGGUGGUGAUUCUGCUCGUUGUUUACCUGCUGGUCACCAAUAUUCUACUCAUUAACCUGCUCAUUGCCAUGUUCAGCAACACUUUCGCUGAGGUGCAGGGGAACAGCGACAUCUACUGGAAGUUCCAGCGCUACAACCUGAUUGUUCAAUACCACUCUCGGCCUUCCCUCGCUCCUCCUUUCAUCAUACUCUCUCAUAUCAAUCUCUUUAUCAAGAGGAACAUCCGCAAGGUGCCAUCCAUCAAGAUCCACCACUUUGUUCUGCAGUUAACAGGGAAAGCUGCUAACAGGCUAAUGACGUGGGAAACCAUCCAGAAGGAGGAUUUUCUGACUGCGCAAAACAAGGUCCAGAAAAGCAGUGACUCAGAGAGGCUCAAACGGAUGUCUGGAAAAGUGGAUGGUGUCCUGAAACAUCUGACACAGAGCAGAGACUUUGACCACAGACUGAGGGCUCUAGAGAAUGAGAUGGAGUAUUGCUCCAAUGCUCUCAGCUGGAUCGUUGAGACUUUGGCACAAGGCAGCACGUUUAAACCUCCUCGGCCUCCACCUACGUUGAGAGAUGCUUUCCCCUCCUCUUCCAGUUCUUCCUGAUUCAGCCUUCGUGAUGCAUUCGCUUACCCAGGGUUGGUUAAAAACAGCCACCCACUGGUCUUAUUGUUUUCUAGUCAUCACUAGAAUCUGUCACCAAAAAGGUGAAAUAGCUUUGAACUGAAAAAGAGUGAAAGAAAACAAUCUGUCCUUUUUACAGUAUUAAAUAAUGUAAAGAGUCAAGUUUAUGGAUUUAUGAUGUGGCAUGAUAUAUUUCAUGCUAUAUUGUUUUUAUUGCUGUAGUUUUAAUAUGAUGGCUGUCAAUCAUUUGUUGUGUUUUAUAUUUUAUUGUUACAGUGAAACCAGAUCAUAUUACAAAGACAUCUGUCGUUGCACAUUUUAAUACUUUUGUACUGUUACUUCUAGCCAAAUAAGUGCUAUAAAUCUUUUAUUUGUGCUGUAACAUUAUUCUUUUUUCCUCAAUAAAUUGUAUAUACAGUGAAUUG